CACCGCAUCGAGCCUAUUGUAUCCCGUAGCUUCUCCCCCUUUUGACCCUUGUCAGUUGUAUCGGCGCAGAUGAUCCGUUGCCUUGGAGGCGCAGUAAUUGCGACCUUGCGCAUCAAGAAUGGUACCGGGAAACGGGGACAUGACGAAGAGUUCACUGCCCUAGGACGGACCUGGUUGGAUUCGAGAAAGAGGAAGGACCUCGAUUGUUUCUGGGGAGAGAGGAGAUGGCGAUGAUGAACAAGACGCGCGAUUUGAUCCAAGGGAUCGUGCGGGAGAAGUCGCUCAAGUGGGUGCUCAGCCGCCGAACUUCCUUCGAGGAUGAGUACGAGGAGAUGCGCCACUCGCCAUCCGGCCGGAGGAAGUGGAUAUCUGACCUUUCUCCUGUGGCCAACGUCAUCGUCGGCCGUUGCUCCCAAAUUCUCAACGUUACUAUGGAUGAGCUCCAAAGCAAUUUUAAUUCAGUUGCUUCAGAUACUAAAAAGAGUUCUUCAAAUUAUGCAAGGAACUUCUUGGAAUACUGUUGUUUUAGAACCCUUGCUCUCUCUACUCAAGUUUCUGGCCAUCUAUCAGACAAGACCUUUCGACGGUUGACAUUUGAUAUGAUGUUAGCCUGGGAGGCACCUGCAGCAGAAAGUCAGCCUACACUCAAGGUGGAUAAAGAGAGAACUGCAGGCGUGGAGGCCUUUUCUAGAAUAGCACCUGCCAUUCCCACUAUUGCAGAUGUAAUUACCUGUUUCAAUCUUUUUGAAGUGCUCACUACUUCAACUGGAGGUCGACUUACUUUUGCAGUCUAUGAGAAAUACCUAGGUGCAUUAGACAGGGCAAUAAAGAAGAUGAAAACUCAGACCGAAUCAUUGCUUCUUUCGGGUCUUCGCCUCCAUAGAGAAGAAAGGAUCCUUGAGGUGGACGGAACAUUGACCACCCAACCAGUGCUUGAACACAUAGGAACUUCUACAUGGCCUGGGAGAUUGACACUGACGGACCAUGCUCUCUAUUUUGAAGCACUGCGAGUUGUAACCUUUGAUAAACCAAAGGUAUAUGAACUUGCAGAUGAUCUAAAGCAAAGUAUCAAGCCUGAGUUGACUGGGCCAUGGGGUUCCCGCCUUUUUGAUAAGGCUGUUAUGUACAAGUCAAUAUCUUUAUCAGAACCAAUGAUCAUGGAGUUUCCUGAGCUUACAGGUCAUUCGCGUCGUGAUUAUUGGCUAGCUAUUAUGCGAGAAGUUCUUUAUGCCCAUCGAUUCAUUCAGAAACAUGAAAUAGAAGGUGUUGAGAAAGAAGAAACUCUUUCAAAAUCUGUUCUUGGUAUUCUACGUAUACAAGCCAUUCGAGAUUUACUUCUGUCAGCAGCUAUCAAAUAUGAGACACUUCUGAUGUUCAAUUUCUGCAAUCAGCUUCCUGGAGGCGACAACAUAUUGGAAACACUAGCUAAUGUAAUAGCCUCUAGGAGGUUGGAUCGAACUAAUCAAUCCACUUCAAGAAGUGGAAUGUACUCUAUUUCUACUUUGGGAAUUUUGUCAAAUCUAGGGCUUGUGUCACAAGUUUCAACUGAAGACAAGCUUCUUGUUGGUGAAAUAGUUGUCGGGGAACUGACUUCCUUAGAAAGGGCAGUAAAUGAAGCUAGAAUUAACUAUAAACAGUUAGAGAAAGCACAGGCUACAAUAGACGGAGUCAAAGUUGAUGGUCUUGAUACAAAUUUUGCAGUGAUGAAGAAGCUCCUUCGACCUAUGCUCCAACUGGGAGAUUUCCUUAUUUCUAUGGCUUCGUGGGAUGAACCUAUCAAGUCCAUAGUUUUCUGUUCUUUAUCUUGUUUCAUCAUUUUCAGGGAAUGGCUUGGAUAUGCUGUUGUUAUGUUACUUUUAUUUCUUGCCAUCUUCAUGCUGCUUACUCGAAUAAGUAAUCAAGGAAAGCCAAUUGAUCAGCUCAAGGUUAAGGUUCCACCUUCAAUGACCACAAUGGAACAGAUAUUGGCAGUUCAGAAUGCCAUCUCUCAACUUGAAGAGCUGGUCCAGGAUGGAAAUAUUAUUCUUUUGAAAUUACGAGCACUGCUACUGGCUGUUCCUUCCCAGGCAACAGAUAGAGCUAUAUUGGUUCUGGUUUUACUGGCAUUUGCAGUAGCUUUUUUGCCUAUUAAGUUUUUACUCAUAAUGGCAUUCCUGGAAAUAUUUACUCGGAAUUCUCCUCCACGAAGGGUGAGCUCUGAGAAAUUUAUGAGAAGAUUUAGAGAAUGGUGGUUCAGCAUACCUGCAGCUCCUUUUCUUCUUGAUGGAAAUGAUAAGAAAAAGAAGUGAACAUAUUGUCCAUGACCAUUGUGCAUAAUGUCGUUAUCUGCAUAUCACCCGUGAAGAAUCCAGCUGUCUAGGUCUCUACUGUGGCCCAUGAAGAUGGUAGACAAUGUUCUUUGAAUUAAACUCCUCUUUGUUCUAUCAUAUCCUUCAUGAUGAAGAUGGUAGAGAAUGCUCUAUGAAUUAAACACUGUUCUAUCAUAUCCUUCAUAUAAAACAGGACUUUGAAUACUUCUCUAGGUUUGAGGUUCUCAUACAUAAGAGUUUGAUUUUUGUUGAUAUUGACAAAAUUCUGUAUUUUUUUACAAUAGCUUCUAGCACUGGAACUACAAUUGCCAUGGAACCUUGUUCUCCUUGCAGAAAGAGAAUUGUUUUUCAAUUUGCGGAAGUUUUUAUCUCUUGGGCGAGCUCAAUCGCCUUGAACAAUGCAAGCUUAAUUCUGCUGUAAAGAAGAGUUGAGAAAUUGUUUU